GCGAGUGGUCUUCCUUGCGCUCCUGCAACUUCCUUCUCUUGGGCGUCUUGGUUCUGUACGGAGGGGCAUAGCAGCCCCAUCCCAGAAGCUGAGAAGGAAGUGAAGCUGAACCCGGGCUGGGAGGCCGGCGGUGCAGCUUUUUCUCCUCGAGAGCAGGGUUGAGUCCCGCAGAGCCUUUCUCCGGUUUCCUUCGCAGCUCCUAGACCCUCCCGCAGGAGAGAAGUUUCUGUGAGCUUGAAAAUCUUCUUGGUCUUUCCUUGCAACCCUCCAAACUGGCUCUCUCUUCGUUUGGGGGCAUCCCCCUUUUCUUUUUUCUUUCCAUUUCCCUCAGUCUUCUGAGGUGAAUCGAGAAAGAGCUGGAUUUGGAGAAUCCAGAGUCUAGUCGAGUUACCUCGGACAAGUCACCUGACUUCUUUGUACUUCAGUUUCCUUAUGUGUCAAAUGACAGGGUUGGACUACACCUCUGAGGUCCCUUCCAGCUUUGACUGUUCAGUACUAUUCUAGGUGAGGACUUGCUCCGGUCCUCUUGCUCCCUCAGUAAGGUGAGCAGCGGGGCUCAGACCACGGACCAGGAGUCGAGCAGAGAGCGGGAAUCGCGCCCUGGAGGUCAGGCCCCAGCUUCUAGGAGGGCAGUGGAAGCUCUCCUGUUUCUUUGGAAUACUUCAGGUCCUCACGGCCUCCUCACGGGCUUCCCAGCUUUCCCCUUGCAGACCCUUGCAGACACACCAGCCCACUCCACCACGCUCCCCGCGCUCCUACUUCGCCCGGCUGACCUCAGCUGCUGGGACCCUGGACAGCUCUUGGAGUCUUGGCUGCGGUGACAGGGCUGCAGUCUAGGUACCUACUUCCUUAGUUCAGUGUUGUUCUGUUCAGUGCGCUUCAUGCAGUCCGUCAACAUCACCCCGGAGCAGUUAGCCCGGCUCCUGCGGGAGCACAACAUGAGCCGCGAGCACUUCAUCUCUCUGUACCGGCUGCGGCCCCUCGUCUACAGUCCCGAGCUGCCAGGCGCCGCCAAGCUAGCCUUCGUGCUCACCUCCGUGCUCAUCUUCAUCUUGGCGCUUUUCGGCAAUGGCCUGGUGCUGUAUGUGGUGACCAGGAGCAAGGCUAUGCGGAAGGUCACCAACAUCUUCAUCGGUUCCCUGGCACUCAGCGACUUGCUCGUUACCUUCUUCUGCAUCCCAGUCACCAUGCUCCAGAACAUCUCUAGCGACUGGCUAGGUGGUGCCUUUGUUUGCAAGAUGGUGCCAUUUGUACAGUCUACUGCUGUUGUUUCUGAGAUUCUGACUAUGACCUGCAUUGCUGUGGAGAGGCAUCAGGGAAUCGUGCACCCUUUGAAAAUGAAACGGCAGUAUACCAACAAAAGGGCCUUCACGAUGUUGGGCAUCGUUUGGCUGGUCGCCGUGAUUGUUGGCUCUCCGAUGUGGCACGUGCAGCAGCUGGAGAUUAAAUAUGAUUUCCUAUAUGAAAAAGAACACAUUUGUUGCCUGGAAGAAUGGAGCAGUCCUUUCCACCAGAAGAUCUACACUACAUUCAUCCUCAUCAUCCUCUUCCUGCUGCCUCUUGUGAUGAUGCUUGUCCUUUACAGUAAAAUUGGCUAUGAGCUCUGGAUCAAGAAAAGAAUAGGAGACUCUUCUGUUCUCAGAGCUAUUCAUGGAAAUGAAAUGUCGAAGAUAACCAGGAAGAAGAAGCGAGCUGUCAUCAUGAUGGUGAUGGUCGUUUCCCUUUUCACUGUAUGCUGGGCUCCUUUCCAUGUAACUCACAUGAUGAUGGAAUACAGUAAUUUUGAAAAGGAAUAUGAUGAUGUCACCAUCAAGAUGAUUUUCGCUGUUGUACAAAUCAUUGGCUUCUCCAAUUCAAUCUGCAAUCCUAUCAUUUAUGCUUUCCUGAAUGAAAAUUUCAAAAAGAAUUACCUCUCUGCAAUCUGCUUUUGCAUUGUCAAAGGGUCCCACUCUCCAGGCAGAAAGCGGGGCAGGCUGAGUCAUCGGAAGGGAGCAGUGGAGGAAAUGAGGAGAGAAGCCUUCAGUGAUGGCAACAUCGAAGUCAAAUUGUGCUAACAACCUGAAGUAGCAUGAAGGCUUAAAGGCACCUUGCCCUGCUUAGCCCUGACCUUUUGAAGAACUCUCUAUUUGGAGAACUCUGUAUUUGGAAAUGGACAUUAAUUGCAGCUUAUAUCUGGCACUUUUCUGCGUUAUACAGAAUCAUUUUGGAUAAUUUCUGUUUGGAGGAAGAAAGGUCAAAGGCUUUUUGUCAGCUUUGAAUGGUAGAGUGUUUAAUGUGUCAGUGGUUAUCUUGGAAAUUUAUGGCAGUGAGUGUUGGGUUGGAGUACAUCCGAAAGUGCUAAUGCCUCUGGAAGUUGCUAGGGGAACUAAGUACGUGUUUCCAUGUGAUGGAAGCAAAGUGCACUUUGCUGAUUUUGUUUGAUUUCUGAAGCAUGAACUGUUUCUUUAAAGGAUGGAUACUGAAUUGGUUGAAAAAUGUUGUAUUGUUAUUGCUCUAAAUGUAUAUAUAUCUUCUGGUAUUGGGAGUAGCUAUCCACUACAAGGGUAGCUGGGUGCAGAGUGGAUUGAAUGCUGGGCUUGAAGUCAGGAAGACUGAUCUUCAUGAGUUCAAAUCUGGCCUUACUAGCUUACUAGCUAUGUGACC